AUGCCUUCCGCCCUCUCUACCAUUGCCUCACGCAUUCCUUAUAAGCAUUCCACCGCCCGUCCACCACCACGCGACGCCACGAGUUCCCCUUCUUCCCAUGCGCCUGACGUAAUCAGCACGCCGCACCUCGCACCGUCGACGCCCAUUCCCUCCUCAUCCGCUACCACCACCUCUGCUGGCGGCCUCGCCACCGACACCACUCUGGAUUCACAGACGAAGACGGCACCGUCGAUAAAGUCCCGCAGCCACUCACGCUUAGCAUCAUUAGGCCGCAUACGCUCGCGCGGGAGCAUCCAACACCACCCUCACCCAGCGCAGAAGCCGCAAGGCGAGACUGUCCCGCCGCGGAUACCAGAGGUCUCGCCUUUGCGUGCGGCCAGCCACAAGCGACCCGAGACAUUGGCAUUGCUGUCGAACAGCAGCUCUGAGUCGACGUUGUCUGACAAGUCCGACGCCAAAUCUCUAGAAGACUAUCCGUCCCGCGCAUCUUUCUGGCUCGCCACGGCCAGUGACUUUCAGAGGGAUUACGACUCGGCGGCAGCACUGGAACAUUACCAGCGACUGGCUCAGAACAAGCCACGAAUGAUGCAUCAAACUUCCUCCAAGCUGCUCCGCAUGACGGACGAUGAGCGGCCAUUCACAAGAGACUUCAAGGACCUCUUCUCGACCCUCAUGGUCAGCCUACCACUCACACCCCAUCGAGUACGGUUCACACGAAUCGAACACACCUUUACCACAGAAGAAGCCAUGACGAACCUUGGCUCGCUAAAGUUCUCACAAUCAAACCGCAUGCCAGAUCCAAAGGAUCCAUCAAGAAUAGUCACAACCACGACGACGACCACGUUCUCGAUGGCGAAAGAGAUGGCGCGGUCGGUAUGUCACAGAUUUCUGGAGGCGAGAUUCGUGGAGUCAGUGGAGGGCAAGACGGAUUUCAACUCGAAGAGCUCGGUAUGGCAGCUCACGCCAAAGGGCAUGUGUGUGCUGGGACGCUUCUGCAAUCGGAAUGGCAUACACCAGCGGCACGUCAAUGAGCUGCUAGACUCGGCACGAAACAUGAUGCAGCUGGUGAUUCUGGAGCGCGAGACGGAUACGGACAAGAUCAUGAGCGAUGCGUCUACGAUCAAUGUGAUCUUCCGACGGUUCGCGGGCGAUGCAGGACCGAAUCUCAAGUCCAAUUCCACCGCAUCAGAUUCCGACUCCCUGAACGACUACGCUACAGGACUAGUGGGUGUACGGAUGCAGCGGGCGAGAAGAGGAGACAAGGACUCGCCAUACGUCUUCACCGGCAAGUCCGGCUUCGACUGGCUGAUGAAUUGCUGCACACUGGUCGACAAGCGCGAGGUGUUUGAGCUGGCGAACUUCUUCAUGAGCUACGGUUUGAUCGAGCCGGCGAGCGAAGACAGAAGCGCCAAGUUUGUGGCUUCGAAGCAUUCGAUGUACGCGGUGACACAGAAGGGCAUGCGAGCAGCUGGCUGGAUCACCGAGCCUAACGGAGCUGUGAACGGAGAGGCCACUGCGCAGCAACGCCUACCGCAAGGCGUGUCGAGAGACUCCAACACGAACCGGAUGACGGUCAUUGUGCGCGACCCAGCGUUACGGCUGCUGUUCAGAGAGUACCUGUCCGAGACGCACUGCGAGGAGAACCUAGCCUUCUACGUCGAAGUCCAGGCGUUCUUGAGCGAGUACGAGCGGGCAAAACGCAACGGCGCGCCACCCAAGCUCGACUUGAUCCGGGAAACGCUGGCAUCCGCAUACAGCCUGUACAACGCCUUCCUCGCCCCUGGCUCACCUUGCGAGCUCAACAUCGACCAUAACCUGCGAAAUGCACUUGCGAGCCGGAUGACGAGGGCGGUGGGCGAGGAUGAGCAGAUGCUGCAUAGUCUGGAUGAGGUGGCGAUGUUGUUCGAUCAGGCGCAGAGUAGCGUCUUUAAGUUGAUGGCUAGCGACUCCGUACCGAAGUUCUUCAGGGAGCCCAAGUAUGCGGCAAUGCUGCGGGAGCGUAACCUCGAGAGCUUGAUCAACAACUUCGCCGCUGCUUCGGUUAGCUGA